AUGGACUCGAGCAGGACAAGCUCCGUGCCGCGCCGAGAGCGCUUCGCCUUCUACGCAGACAACCGUGAAGAGCGACGACAACCAAGGCGCCACUAUUGCAAAAUCUGCAAAAUCUUCGGACACUCAACGGACCGAUGCAGGUCCCGGUCCAACUAUUGCCACCCGAAUUCCACUCACCACGACCAUUGGGUCGGCCGACAAGACGCUCGCCAAUCUCAGCUUCACCAACAAACUUCUCGUCCUCCUGCUCAACAACAAGAACAACAACAACAACAACAACAACAACAACAACAACAACAACAACAACAACAACAACAACAACAACAACAACAACAACAACAACAACAACAACAACAACAACAACAACAGACCCAAGCAUCUCAAGCAGGAACUCCCAGAAACGUCAUCGCAAACAUGGCGACAAGGCAUCGCCCACGCACCGAGGAACCAGACGAAGAGGAAGAACCUCGCGGCGAACUCAUUCAGCCUGAAGACGGAUGGAACAACCCCCUCACAGUGGACCACUAUUACCUAAACCACAACACCUGGUACCUGGACAGCUGUUGCGGCCAACACAUGGUGGGAUCCGUCAGGUACAUCUCCAACAUCAGCCGCGCCCCUGCCACCUUCGUUACUGUGGCCAACAACGAGCAACUGCAAGCAAGCGCGCAAGGCAUCGUGGUACUACAAGCCCGAGACAGCAACACAGACAUCUCGUUUAACGACGUACUCUACGUACCAGACCUUCGCUUCAAUCUAUUAUCAGCAGGACAACUCAGAGAUUGCGGAGUCAUGCUCGCCACAGACCCAUAUACGCGCGACUUCAUCUUGACCUACGCCAGCAGCAGGACCAAAGAAUUGCGGUAG